AUGAAGUCACUAUUCUCAUCUGGAGCGCAGCGCAAUGCGCACCAACAACCGGGUCCAUCGAACGUCGAUCAUGAAGGAUCAUCGAGAAAUCUGCUCACAGUUCCCGAGAGUCCGAUGGCUCGACGCCGAGAAUUAUCGGAGGUUUUUGAGGAUUUCCGACGGAAAAGUAUAUCUGAGUUAUCACUUGUAAUGGAUGCGUUGAGGGGGUCACCAUCACCUGGAUCUUCUCAAUAUAUUCAUCCGGAACGGGCGUCUCAAUCAACCGGAAAUCUUAAUCCACCACAAUCAAAGAAGGGUCGACGGAGGCGGAAAGUUCAGAAGACGUGGCAGGCUAUGUCGCCUGGCAACUUUUCUAGGCAGUUGCAAUUGGUACAAGAGGAGAAGGCAAUGCAAGCAGUUCCGACGGCUCCGAUUGACGCGAGCAAAUUUGUGGCGUAUGUACAGGAGAGGAGGAAGAAACGAAUACUUUUCAAAGGAGAGUAUUUGAUGGUGAACCGUUCUAUAGACAAUAACAAGUGCAGAUGUGAUGUUGGAAGUACGAUGAUGGACAGGAAUCCGUAUCCGGACACCCUGCCGUACGAUCACAAUAGAGUGAUACUUCCCAGGAUAGACAACGAUGAGAAUUCACAUUAUAUCAAUGCGAGUUAUGUUAAUAGUUGGCUACGAGACAAAGCAUACGUCGUAACACAGGCGGUUCGAACGAAACCGAUGAACGCCGAGUUCUGGCGAAUGGUUUGGGAAUUAGGAUCCAAUUGUAUUGUUAUGUUAACCAAGGUUUUUGAUUUUAUGAGGGUAAUGUGUCUGCAGUACUGGCCACAGACAAAGUUUCAAUUUCGAGAGAUCGAAGUGGAGACUACUGAUGUCAAGACUUAUUCGCAUUUCGUGAUCCGAACAUUCAAACUGACACGAAAAACCGAGGAAUCCAUUGAGACCCGAAUAGUCAAACACUUCCAUUUCACCGAAUGGGAACUCGACUCGUUCCCCUAUAUCUCUGCAUUCAUUGAACUCCGACGACGUGUUCGUCAGUUUAUGGAGAAGAAUCCAGUGGAUGCUCCGAUGGUUGUGCAUUGCAGCAACGGCGCCGGUCGAAGCGGAGCAUUUCUCGCCUUGGACGCCAACUUGGAGCUGAUGAAAAAGACAGGACAACUGGAUUUUUUCGAGUACGCCAAGACGUUGGUCAACUCGAGGCCUCAUCUGAUCGACAGUGUUGAACAGUACAUGUUCAUUUAUGAAGUAUUGUCAGAGGCAGUAAUGUGCAACGUCCAACCAAUUGAGAUGCACCUUCUGAAAGAGCGCUCCAGUAUGUACAAAGCAAAGAAAAAUCGAGAGCUGUUGGAAACCCAGGAGACACAUGAGAAUAAGCUUCUGAUGCAUCUAACGCCAACACUGAGAAUCGGUGAUUGCGCCGGAGGACAUCGUCUCGAGAAUCGAGGCAAAAAUCGAGAUGUUAUGGUAGUGCCGCCGGACCACGCAAGGCCAUACCUCCAAACAUUGCAUGGAGAAAGCAAAGAUUAUACAUAUAUCAAUGCAGUUGAGGUCGAUGGUUUCACUAGAAAAGCCGAAUUCAUUGUGACCGAAUGGCCGAAGCAGAGCACUGUCGACUCGUUUUGGACAUUGAUUUAUGAUCAUGCAUGUCAUACUGUAGUCAAUUUGAGUAAUCAAGGAUCUCAGAGGCACUAUCCCUCAUUCAUCCACAAUAAGGGAAAAGCCAACUACGGUCCUUUCAUAGUGGAAAUUAUGAAUUAUCAUCAAUAUCCAGCAAUGACAAGUCAUAUGGUCAAAGUCAUGAAAAGGAUUGAUCCACCAAACGCAAAACCUGCUGCAAAAAUUCCGACACUGGAAGGGGUACCCGGUUACCAGUCUCGUCCGGAUAUCAUUCCCGGACAAUCAUUUCGAUUCAAGCCAAUGUAUCGUGGACGCUUUCGUGAGCCUCAUGAUUCAACGUCUUCUGAAGAAGACGUCGAUGAAGACGUCACUAAUUUCUUGUUACCUCCAAGACCUGCUAGGAAAACAUCAAGCAGUCAAUUCUUGAAUUUGCCACGUGGCAGUCCUUCAUCUGGCUCCGGAGGAGGAGGAGGACUGAAACGACGUAGCCGAUCGGCCGAGGAUCCGUUUCGAGAGACAUUCAUGAUCAGCGACAUCAUGGCCACUGGUGCACAGAAUCAGCAAAUUGAUGCGGAAGUUCGCAUUUGUUGUGUUAUUCAGGUCCGCAUGUGGCCCAUUGAAAACAAAGUCCCGCUCUCCACCACAGGCCUCAUCGACGUCAUCAAGAUGGCCAGAAGUUGGAGGAAGCGGGCACCAGAUCGUCCGGAAACCAAACCAACCAUCGUCAUGUCACACAACGGAGUAUCUCGAGUUGGUGUGUACAUUGGCGCAAAUAUCUGCAUCGAUCAAAUGGAUAUUGAUCACGAAGUUGACGUGUUUCAUGCUGUCAAAAUGAUGAGGAUCAAUAGGCCGCAGUUGAUUGAUAUGAAGGAUGAAUACAAAUAUCUUUACGACGUGAUGCUCCAUUGGUAUCUCAGCAAUCCAGACUACCGUAUCUAUGAUAAGGAGGAUAGUGAGGAUACAGAUAGCCAGAAGACGUCACGUCCACCAUCGAACCGUCAUUCGAUAAAGGAGAAGAGCUCGUUUAGGAGUAAAUUCUCAUUCCGUCGCCGCAACACCACUCGUCAAAACGAGAACAACGCGGUGGUAGAGCAUGUUAAUAACAAGUGA